AUGACCGACCAGCCUACUAUUCGCCUCGCUACGGCUGAGGAUGUACCCCUCAUUCUUCAGUUCAUUCGCGAACUCGCCGACUACGAGAAUGCCCUGCAUGAAGUUGAAGCCACCGAGGAAUCCCUCCUCGCCACACUCUCUUUUCCGGGUACUCCACCCCAGCGUGGUGCUGUCUAUACAGCCCUGAUCACCCCAGCGCCAUCCGCCGAUACACCUGCGCCAAUCCCCGUCGGCAUGGCCCUGUUCUUUUACAACUACUCAACAUGGCGCGCAGCUCCCGGAAUCUACCUCGAGGAUCUGUAUGUCCAACCUCGGGCGCGCGGCAACGGGUACGGGUUCAAGCUUCUGAAAUACCUGGCCCAGCAGGUGCUUGAGGUGCGCGGGCGACGGCUGGAGUGGAGUGUGCUCAAGUGGAACGAACCGAGUAUUGGCUUCUAUGAGCAGGUUGGGGCAAAGGGCAUGGAUGAGUGGAUGAAGAUGAUGGUCGAGGGGGAUGCAUUGAAUCGCUUGGCAGCGAUGUAG